AAAAUCCACUGAAGUAUGUGAGAACGCCAAUAUUAAGCAUUUACAGUUAGUCGAUAAUUCGUUUUUACAAUAUAAAAGUAUCGAAUUUCCAUACAAGUUAUCAAAUCUUUUUUACAACGCGAGAACAAUAAUCAUCAUUUUCAAAAUGUUUAACAUACUUGUUAAAGCUCAUUCAUUUAAAACUCGAAUCGAUGUUGAUUCAAAUGAUACUAUUCAACAAGUCAAACAUAAAAUCCAAGAAAGACAUGACAUUGAUGUAGAUAAACAAGACUUGUAUCUCGGUGGUAAAAAACUUGAAAAUAAAAGAACUUUAAGAUAUUAUAAUAUUGGACAAAAUGAUAGUAUUCAACUCAAUCAAAUCAACAUCCCUGGUGGCAUAGAAAUAAUUGUUAAAAAUCAAAAAAAUAAUAAACCCACUAUUCUUCAAGUAAAAUCUUCUUAUACGAUUGAAGAAGUUAAAAGAAAAUAUGAAGAAGAGGAUGGUUUGUCAGCAAAUUGCUUAAAAUUUAUAUAUAACGGUAAAGAACUCGAGAAUCAUAGACUUCUCUCAGACUAUUGUAUUAAAGGAAAGGAUAUUAUAUGGUUAGUCGCAAGAGUCAAUGGAGCAUAACUCCCUUUUUUUAGUGAAAUAUUGGUGUUGAUAUGUAAUGUAUUUACUGUGAAAUAUAUUUUAGUUACUUAUUUGAAUUUAUAUAUAAUAGCGAAUUAGUCAUAAAAUGUAUAGUUCAAAAUUUUAUAACAAUGAUCACGGUAUAAUGGCAAUUAUAAAUUUAAAUUUAACGUAU